AUGACGUCCUCCGAACCCGAUCCCCACGACGCCAACAGAACCCUCGCGUGGCGAAUACCUCAUCGGAGGACCUCCGGCCUGGAUCGGUGGGAACCGAGGGGCUCCGCCCCGCCAAUCCCGGCGGGGGCUUACGUCGACAGCGUCUGCGCGGACCUGCUCGACGUGGGAUUGCCGUCGGACAUGGGCCAUGAUCUGCUGGAGGAGGAGAAGACGGAGUCCUGCGUCAAGAAUGGCGAUUCACAUCCGUGUCCAAUUGGGCGUGACGACGUCUGUCUAGACGACAUGUUCCAUGAUAUCUUCGGGGACUGGCCGCUCACGUGCGAUCCAAUUCUGUGGGAUGACAUCCGCUCAGAGAACAGCGACGAUUACGUUGUCCCGGAGUCCGAUGAAUGCGAUAGGUUCGCAGACAACGAGGAUGCCGAUCUCCCUCCUGUUCCACUAGAUGUGUUCCCUGAGGCAACAGGUUUAUGCGUGGAAAGGGGUUCCUGCUACCACAUUGAAUACAUGACCCAUGACACUUCCACCACUAAUUCGGAUCUCGGAUAUAGCGGACCGGAACUGAUGCUACAGAUAUUUUCUCUGCGUUUAUCAAGCUUCUCUGCAUCCUAUUCUUGCCCCAUCAGUGUGUAUGGAGUAUUCGCUGUUCGGGAUGUACUGGAGCCUCUGCGGAACCAUGUCUUCAACCGUUCCAGAGAUGAUCCUGUCACUGUUGACCAGGAUCCUUUUACCUUGCCACUCUGUAGCCCUUGUCGAGGAAUGUACAUACCAUAUGACCAAGUAUUGCUAGAAGUUGAUCUCUGGAUAAAAAAGGAAGGGGAUGGGUCAGCCGACCAAAAAUUACUUUCCAAAUACCUUGAGCUCGAUGUCCGAACAGAAGGCGACGGGUUUAUAUAUGGUUGUAUCCCUGGGGACACUGUCAGCUUGGAAAUAGACUGUGCGUACCUCACAAAGAGUGUUGAGGCAGUGAUCGAGGUCUCUGCAGAGGUUAGCCGUCCUUGCCAUGUGAGAUUCGUCGCUUUCAGCAGUGGCUAUGACAAUGAGAUUGUGCUCUUCAACGGAAAAUUCACUGGGGAGAAGGUUUUCAAGCACGUUGUUGCUGUGAAGGCAGAGAGAGAACUGAAGGUUCAGUUAGAGGUGGAGGAAUCAGUUUUCCAGUGGACUUUUCAGGGUGGAAAUGCCGGACCUCUUAGCUCCCCCGAUGACUCGACGUUGAAGUAUGGCCAGUUUGAUGUGGGGGAGUUGAAUUUAAGUAGCUGUUGGAUUUCCUUUUGUGCCCUUGUGACAAAGAGAUAUGUUAAGCUGAGGGAGAUGUUUAAGGUCUGA